GAGAACAGACACGGGGCUGAAAAACGGCUUCAGCAACGGGAAAUUCGCUGAAACAGGACUUCUCACACACGCGCACUUACACACACACAACCGCACUCGGCUCUAUAUACAUAUAUAAGUGAAGCGCCAAGUGCUAGUGUCCUAGAAAUUAAGCACAAUACGAGAAUAAACCAAAUCGAAGGCGAUAAUGGAAAAUUAAUUAGGAAGGCCUUUGGCCAAAGGGAAAGUGCAAGUGAAAAGUGCCUGGAAGAAGCAGAAAAUCACACACUCACUAACCAGCACACACACGCACACAAAGGAAACGUCAUAUGCCAGAGGCAUUGACAGGAGCUCCCGUGGAAAAGCAUUUUGUGUAUCCUAUUUUGUGUGGCAGCGCCAGGAGAGCGUGUCCUUAGCCAUAGUGGCCAACAAAAACAAAAACCAAGCACAUCAAUUACACCGUGUAGUUGCCAUAAUGAUAGAUUUCAAAUAUAAAUUGAGCAAAUUAUCGUACAGAACGUGCCCCGCUUCGAAAGUCUAAAAAUAAUCGCGCGUCGCCAACUUGUCGAGGGCCCGAGGUUCCCCAUCAUCAGCCAAACAGCCAACUUGAUGUCGAAGGGUCUAAGGCACCGCAACUGACUUUAAAUUAUGCAUGCACAUUGAUUUUCCAACCACGGCCCAGUUGUUGUUGGCUGUCGUUAUAUCCCCAUCAUCUAUAUAUCACCAGCCCAUCGGCUUUGUUGUCGCAUGUUAUCAGCGGAACUGGCGUCGUCGACGGCUUUGUUGAAUGCGAGUUAUCAGCGCAGCAGCAACGGCCCCACAAAAGAUGAAGUGUGCCCCUCGACAACAAGUGACAAGUGCUACACAACGACAGGAGCAACAUCAGGAGCAGCGGCAACAAUUGCAACGACAGCAGCCACAAUGACCAAGCAAUUGACAACGGCAACUGCAACGAGUGCGGCAUCGGGAAUAGGACAGGCGGGUGAUUUGGCGCCCACAGUUAUAUCCCCAACCGCAGCCACGACUCUUGAGACAGGAUCAAGUGGAGGAGCAGGUGGAACCACAUCACCUGUCAGUGAGACUACAAAGACUUUGCCACAAUCCGCAAAACCAGUGGCGGAGGAGAAGCCCUCGAGUAGCGAUGCCAGUGGCAGAUCGGCGGCUCUGGAACGUGCCUAUGUGCACGAUGUCUAUGAGCACUGCGAGGAGCCAACGGGUCCGGUUCGUCCGCGGAUGGCCCACUUCCUCAGCGGCCUCGAUCCCGGAUCCGUGGUCUGUGACGUGGGCUGCGGUAGUGGGAGGUAUCUCACCCAAUGCAAUCCGGCGAUCUGCACCAUCGGCGUGGAGCGCUGCUAUCGCCUAAGCAAAGUGGCCCACGAAAAGGGCGGCGAGGUGGCCCUGUGUGACAAUCUGGAGCUGCCUUUCCGGGAUGACAGCUUCGAUGCGGUGUUGUCGCUGGCGGUGGUGCACCACUUCGCCACCACAGAGCGACGUGUUCAGGCGCUCAGAGAGUUGGCCAGGAUCCUUAGGAUCGGCGGUCGGGUGGUGAUUACCGUAUGGGCGCUGGAGCAGCGACAUCGACGCUUUGAGUCACAGGAUGUGCUGAUACCCUGGCAACCGCCCAAGAAUCGAAACUAUUCUUACUCGGAUGAGGAGGAUGACGACAACUUUCAGCCGCCCUACCACGCCUACACCGAGGACUCGACGAACUCCAGCCGAUCGGCUGGGGAUGGGGAUAGCUCCAGUCUGAGUUCGUCCUCGCCGGGAGAGUCCUGCUACAGUUUCGUUCGCCGGGCCAUUCAGAAACUGGCCCGUGGACGUCGACAUGCGUGGUUUAUGGACUCGUGGUCCUCGAAGGACACCAAGAACGACAGCAGUUUGGACUUCGAGGACGCCAAGGACCUUCCCAUCGAGCUGCGUCGCCUAGAAGACUUUGAGGACUUUCCCGAUCCACCAUUAUCGGCUGGACUCAAAUCCCGCAGCUUGGGCAGUAUUCUACAGCCCCCACCCCGCCAGAUUGUUCGCUCGCGCUCUAGUGUUCCCAGUCUGGGAGGUCCUUUGAUACCCGGCGAAUCGAAGGCCAGUGCGGCGGCUCUAUUACUCAAUGCCCCGGAGGAUCAGCAACUUCAGUUGCAACUCCAGCUGAAUGGAAGGCAUUCACCCACCACCACGGCAAGUGCUGGGAAUACCUUAAGCCGAAGGCCCAAGCUCAUCAAGCAGAAGCAGUCCUUGUGCGAAGAUGACGCCGCCACGCCUCCAGCCCCCGAAUCCUUUCAGAUGGUGAGUACAUUAAAUGGAUCCAAUGGCGGAGUGAGCAGUAGCUUGUACACGAGGAGUGGCUGCUAUGCUGGGAAUUUCCAUCAGCAUGCCUCGUCGACGGCCACGCCACCUUCAGGUGAUUUUGUCGGGGGAGGAACAUCGGGAGGAGGAUCUGGUGCACCCACCUUUCUGCGCAAACAGAGCUCUCUCAACGAGGAUCUGAUGGCCUGCAAUCGCUUAAGGGAAAAGGAGAGGGUGCGCAAGCGCAUCCAGAAACAAACCUCCCUGAAUGAAGCCUUCCUGUGUAGAUCGGCCUUGUUCUCCAAACGGCUUCAAGUAAUCCGCGAGGGCUUCACAACAAAGAUCAAAAGCUCCACGGGCAGCCUGGAAAGGGUAACCAAAACGAGCAUAAACAAACUGAUCCAAAACAUAAAGAGUGGACCGCAGGUGCAGCCUAAUCCUGCCCAGAAUUCCCCUCAAGCGGACAAGAACGCCACGCUGAAUAACAACAAUAAGCAGGGAGCGUCGGCGUUGGCUCAUCAGCACCACCAUCAUCACCACCACCACCCGGUUCAUCAUCUGCCCCAUUUGAUACUGCCCCCAUCCACGGCCUCGGGACCCGUGACGUACUGCAGCAGUGUGGAGUGCACCAUGGGCAAUCUGUGCCACUGCAGCCAGUAUCAGCAGGAGUGUCCCGCCUGUGCGGAUGGCGCUCAGGGCGACAAGGCCCGGCGGCAUUCCCGCGAAUCCGGUUCGGACUCCUCCAAGGACAGCAGCCUGCAAUCGGACACUAGCAUUGAAUCCGAGGACAGCUUCGCCUCGGUCAUUUUCAUACCCAAGCCGGAGCAGCAUCAGCAGCAGUUGAACUACCAGCAGCAGCACCAGAAUUCAAACUCCAGUUCGAGCAAUUCGUCUUCGAGCAAUGGGCAAAGGGCUCAGGGAGCCGCUGUUCGGGAUCAGGGUGUGAAUACCGGCUCUCGACUGCCGCCCACCCACUCAGUGCCAACGUCGCCGCUAAUCAUGCCCUGCCCUCCCACUCCAGCCCAUUCUCCGGCUGCCAUUCAGGGCACGGUGACCUCUCCGCCGCAAUCCACGUCGGCUGUUUCCGCUGCCAUGGCCAUCCUGACUCCACCUUCGAAGCCAGCUAGGUUUAGCUUUGAUGAGGCCCACAUUAAGCAGCAAAAAGAGCAGCAAAUAGAGCCAGUCAAGGAAAAAAGAGAGCCGCUAAAGGAGUUACCAAAAGAUCCGCUCAAGGAGUCGCCACCUGUACGCAGGAUCACCCGCCAAGCCAUCAGAGAUCUGCCACCCAUUCCCAAAUUCCGGAAACAGCAAUCCCUGCAGCUGCAACGCCAGAGUUUCCCCAUCGUAAGGAGAGCAUCUGGUUCGGGGGUAUCGACGUCGGCAUCCUCCUCCUCACUGGCCAGUAAGCUACUCUCCUUGGAGCUUUUCAAUCCGGCCACCGAUGAUUUAGACAGCGAUUCCAGUGAACCCUCCUCGCCAGAUUCCAUAGACAGUGUGAUUAGUGCUCCAAGGUUAGCCAAGGGGCCCUCGGGAAGUGACGAAGGAGGAGCGGCCUCCGCUAACUCGAAUUCCGCCUCCCAGGACGAAGGAGAGCCCAGCUUGGCGCAGCUAAUCAGCCUGCAGCAGGAGCAGUACCACAAGGGAGAGCUGCAGAUCAAUAGCUCUCGAUCCCAGGCCGAAGAUGAUAUUAUACUGAAUGCGGAUAGUGCUCCACUCUUGCCCGAAAAGAGAGAGGCUACUCAGAAGCAGGAUUGUGCGGAAUUCGCGGAGCAGCUGACGGCCCAACUGCAGCGGGAACUGGAGGACAAAAGCAAUCGCACCGAAUGCCGAUAUCUGGAUGGGAUCGGAAUGGGAGAUCUAUCCGAGUUCUUGGGCGGUAGCAAGAAGCGCUCCAAUGGCGACCUGAGUGCUUUUCGUGAUGAGCUCAGGGAACGUCGUCUGAUGCUGGCGAAUCUGUCCACGCAACCGAGUCUCCAGCAAUCGCCCGUGAGCUCAUCCACCUCAUCACUUUCCUCACAAACCCGUAGCUUCACCAUCCAGGAGGAGGAUGGUGAGGAAGAGGAGGAGGAGGAGAACGAGUCCAGCUACUCCCUGGGCGUUUACGAGCACUGCAAGAUCUCCAAGUUUAACUACAAACGGAAUCGUCACUACCAACUCAAUCCGGAGACAGCCUAUCUCCUUCAGGACGAUGGCGAUAGUGAUGUGAGGGAGGACGAGGACGACAUCAUACCCGAGGAGGAGGAGCUAGAGGAACAGGACGAGGAUGCGGAGGCGGAGGCCCUGGAAGCCCGAGGCGGUGAUCAGCUGGGUGAGGGAAUGGCGGAUUACGGCCAACGCAGGCGCAACUUGGCGGCCCUAAAGGUUCAACCACCAGCAACGCAGCAAAUGCAACCUAAACAGGAGCCAAACCACCCGGCGAACCUCAAACAGAGACCCUCCAAUGAAUCUUUGGAGCACUCGAACAGUUCCACCAACUCUCUGGACAGCCCCUCGCAGGGAGGAGCCAGUACCCACCACCGCUACUACCAUGUGUUCCGCGAGGGCGAGCUGGACGCACUAAUCAACCAUCAUGUGGCCAGUCUGCACAUCGUGAGCUCCUACUACGAGCGGGCCAGCUGGUGUGUGGUGGCCGAAAAGGUCCAGGUGUGGACCAUCUAAGCACGGUUCUCUUAAAAAGGGGAUUCAAAACAAACAAAAUAUUUCCGUUGCUUGAACCGAAACAUGAAUACCAAAAGCAUGUGUAGUUAGCUAAAACUAGGGUUCUUAUUAUUUGCUUAUAUAAAAGACAAAAUUCAAAUUUGUAUUAAAUCUUUUUUUUAUUUUUAUCGACCUAACUUUAAACAAGGUCACACUCCAUACAUUUUAUUAAACAAGUGAAACCAACUAAAAAAACUAUUUACAAGCCGCUUAAAAAAUAUUUUUGAAUUCUUUAAUAUUUGAAAUUAGAACUGCAUUUCUAUUCAGUUAAAUGAUGGACCCAUUGACUCGAUUCAGUUUGAAUCCCUGCUCCAAAAUAAAAGACCAUUCCUAGUUGUAGUCUCUAAUCUGAUGCCCCCAAAGGAAUUGUUAAAUUUAGUCUAUUACUCUAGUCGGCUGGUGAUUCGAAGGACGGGAAGCCCGUCCUCCGAUCUAGCACUAAUUUAUUGUUAGCAGGCCUGCUCAAGGACGCGAACGCAGGAUUACACUGCAUUGAAAUCCAAUUUCAAGAGAAAACAUAGUUAUAAGACCGAAACUAAGCGAAUCGAAUGCUAGAACGAUAACAAAACAACGCAAGCUUAAUACAAAUCUUACUAGUUAUACGAGCAUAUUCUAUAUACAACGAGCAUAAGUUUGUAUCUUGCGCUAUCUUUAAACUAAGUUUCAAGCACCUUAAGCUAUUAUUUCGAAUCGAAUAAUCAUCAAACGUCCAUUUAAACAGAAAAGUUACGCCACUUAUACACGAGAAAAGAUUAAAUACGAGAUAUACCGCUUAAAAAGUAGUAAAAAACUUCAUAAAUACAGUAACAAACGCAGCAAAACUCAAAUAACCCUCUAACUAACCAAUAUCAAAAACUGCAUUUAAUUUUACGAGAAAACGGUUCAUAUAUCAAAAAUACAACAAUACAGUAAUUUAAUAAGCAAGCUUACAAACGAUUGUCCAAAUAUAUUUUUCACCUGCUGAUUGCACCAUUUAAUUUCUCUUUGAUUAUUCGAAGUAUCCAACUCACUUCCCAAAAAUGGCCAAUAAACACAAUUGUAAUAUAAGCCUAUGCCUAAACUUAAAUUUUUUGUCAUCUUAAGAACGGUUAUUUAAAAAAUAACGCAAAUAUUUUCAAAAAAACAAAACAUAUUAUACCUAUAUGCGACUGUACAUGUGUUUUUUAGCUAGCUAAACUAACUUUAUACCGUAAAAUAAUAGAACAAUUAAAUAAAUAUUAACUAAAGUUGGAGGCAACACUAAAUCACUACAGAUAGUUUGAACGAUUUGAACCUACUACUGCUCGAAAUGCUGAAACAUUAUAAAUAUUAGGUAAUCCUGGAAAAUGUAUGUAUAAUUCGCACACAAUCCACCAAGCACACACAUCCAAAAGAGACACAAGAUCCCCGGCUAAGACAGCGGAAAACCAUCUGAAUUAUUCAAUAUUAAUAAUUUGU